AUGCUACAUUUUAUACAUCAAGCCACUUCUAUCAUUAGCAUGGUGCUAAAAAGACAACGACACAUACAAUACACAAUAAGGACGGUUUCGAAUCGUGGUUUAAUUGUUAAACGAGCUGAAAAUAGUGAUUCCUUAACUUUUUGGUGUACACUGGCGGGCGUAUUUAAUUCUACUUGCGCUUGGCCUAGUCGUACGGGGCGUUGUAAUUUAUCUGUGUUUAAAUCAACUUUUUGGACCAUAUGCCUAUAUUAUAAACUUGGAUGCACCCUCCAGUUAAUCGGAUGCUCGAGUCAAGGAGCCGAGCGAAUAUUCUCGGUAUUCGCCCUCAAAAUGGACAAAAAUGGGAAGGCCUUGGAAAUUGCGGCAAUGGACCUGUUUUCAGAGGUAAGGAUGAAUAAAAUUUGGGUCUCUUUGAUCGUCGUUUUGGUUUUCUUGGUGGUGCUGAUCCUCGGAGUCGGCAUUGGAUUCGCCCUCAGGAACAGGGCCAACCAGCAGGCCAGCGUCGAGCUUGUGGAGGUCGGGACGCCCAAAGGGCCUACGGCCGGGGAUUCUCAGGGGGCUGGCGCGCCCAAAGCUGCUGUUCCUUCCACGCCUGCUGUGACUCCUGCUCCGGCCGCCGCUCCGGCGCCCGAUACUCCCAAAGUGGUGCCGGCGGCGGCUCCGCAGGUGCCUACGCCUCCUGUGGAGCCUGUGACUCCGAAGGCUCCCGUAGCUGCUCCUGACGCGCCUCCUGGGGGCAUGGCCGAAGCUGCCAGGCUGCUCCCGUCUGAGGACGUGCUCAAAACGCUAACGCCUGAGCAGAUUCGGCAGCUCCUCCCCUCUGAGCCUCAGCCCACUCCUGUGGCCUCUGAGGCCGUGGCCGAGCCCGAGGCUCCUGCUGCGCCUGAGCAACCUGCUGUGCCUGAGCCUCCUGCUGCGCCUGAGGUCAAGGACAAGGAGGCUGCCAAGCCCUCUGUGGAGCUUCACCCUGACCUGAAGAUUUACACUCUUGACAACAAUGUCGCCAAGGUGAACGACGUCACCAAGUUCGAGCUCAAAGUCUGCGAGAAGAAGACUUACUACACUUACACUUUUAAGCCGGGCGCGGAGUGCGUUGAGGUGAGGUUCCACAACUUCAGGGUCUGGAUUCACGACGGGAACGCCCACGGCGACAACUUCCCCAAGGAGGUCUUCUACUCCUCGUCGUUCCACUACGUCACCGUCACUAUGAACGAUACUUGGCUGUUUAGCUACGACGUUCAGCGCGGCUACCCCAGGAUGAGCCACUGCCUCAUAAAGGGUCGUCCUUCCUUCAUGAAGCCCGACAAGCGCCUUUUUCGGUACGAGGAGGAGCUCCCUCCCGACCCUCCUCACGCCAAUGUCCGCAGUGGCACUGAGGCCACUGGCCUUGAGGGCGUCAAGGUCACCACCUGCAAGAACACCAGGGGCGGCGAGGUCAACAACCAGGACGACUUUGACGUCUACGUCGAGGGCAGUCGCUACACUUGGUACUUGGGCGAGGGCGUGAAGUGCUUAAAGUUUGAGUACAAGGGCAGCGUCGGCUGGACUCACGACAUCAAGGAGCACUGUACUCUGUAUCCCAAGCGGCUCGAGUUCGACGACAAGAUUAAGUCUCUGAACGUCUUCUUCAACAACGACUGGUACUACGUCUACUGGUACCUUUCUGGCCGCUGGAAGCUAAACUUCAAGAAGGUCCUCACUCGUCCUGGCUCCUUGAUGCUUCUUCUAAAGACUGUGUUCAACAUCGACGUUUCUGUUUCUCCUUCGCUUCUUCUCUACUUUUCCAACAUGGGCAUCAGCACCAUUCGCUUCCUCCUCGCAUUCUAUCCCAGCGUCGACGCCAGCUUCAAGGCCAUCAUUGAGAAGCUUUACCAGUCCGACCUCUACUCCGAGUCCUUUUCCUCCAUGACUUCCGACCCUGACAAGCUUCCCAGGGUUCUUGAGUUCAUGAAGGGCACUUCUUUGAGGAUCGACGAGAUUAAGUUGAACUCCCUCAUCACCAACCCUCAGCUCCUUCUUCAUCUCGUUGAGGAGCUCAAGACUGCCGGUUUUGCCAUUCACGAGCUUCUCAAGAAGCUUCUUUUGAACCCUGAGAAGCUUAGGGUUCUUCUCGCCAAGAUGCGCGAGCUCGGCUACCUUUUAAACGAGACUGAAAUUGCCAGUUUGGCAAAGAACAAGGACGUUAUUGCUUACUUGAAGGUCGACCCUAAGGCCUUGGCCGCUGCCGCUUAA